AUGGCUUUCUUGAUGCCUGUGUUGUUGAGCAAACGAAAUCUAGACAUGUUUAUUAGCAGUGUCUUCUGGUUGCUGCUGCUUAGUUGUAGCUUCAGCUUUGGCGUUGAGAGCGAUAUCAACUGCUUGAAAAGUAUAAAAGCAUCACUUGAGGACACUUCAGGUUACUUAAACUCUUCCUGGGAUUUCAGCAACAACACUGAAGGCUUCAUCUGCAACUUUCUCGGGAUCGAGUGUUGGCACCCUAAUGAGAGCAAGGUUCUGAACAUCAAGCUUUCAAACUUGGGACUAAAAGGUCAGUUCCCACGGGGCGUAGAAAAUUGUACAAGCUUAACAGGUUUAGAUCUUUCAAGAAACAGGCUCAGUGGAGAUCUUCCUCAUGAUAUCGAUAGAAUCCUUACGUUUGUUACGUCUCUUGAUCUCUCUUCCAACAGCUUCUCAGGGCCAAUCCCAGCGAAACUUUUCAACUGUAGCUAUAUGAAUGUGCUCAAGCUUGAUAACAACCAGUUCUCAGCGGACAGUUAUGCAAACAAUCCUGGACUUUGUGGAUACCCCCUCAAGCCUUGCCCAUCAAUAUCUCAAAUGAAGUCCUUGAAUGUGGUUACGGUUUUCAAGUCGAAUGGUGUAAUUAUGGUGGCAGCAGCUGGUUAUGUGCUUAGCAAACUGCACAGGCGUCACGCAUCUUUCGAGCAACAAUCUGCAGGCCAAAUCCCAGACCUUCCCAACUGUACGUGGCUCAAUCUGCUCAAGCUUGACGACAAUGCGUUUAACUUCCUAGGCUUAAGAAACUCAGUGUGGCCCACAAUCUUCUGUCUGGGCCGGUCCCACAGUUCGUUUAUGGGGCUGCUUCAAUUGGAGCGCAGAGUUAUAUGAUCAAUUUCGGACUCUGUGGGGGCCCACUUGCCAUGCAACUCAUCUUCAAGUCCGAGAAUGAUGUUGCUAUUGUUAAAUUUAGUGAGUUGCUAUCUCUUUCAAUCAUAGUA